CUUCACCCUGGUUGAGAGUAGAUGGUCAGCCUGUCUGUCUCAGGGUUGGGUUUCUCUUUUAUCCAAGAAGAGGAAAAAAAACAGAGUUUAAAGCAUGACGGGACAAAGACACUGAGUGAACACUGUCAAAUAAUGAUUUAAAAACAGUUCACAACUAGCCAUGGCCAUAAGGGAGCUCAAAGUUUGCCUUUUAGGGGACACUGGAGUUGGCAAAUCGAGCAUUGUUUGCCGAUUCGUUCAGGAUCAUUUCGACCACAACAUAAGUCCCACGAUAGGUGCAUCAUUCCUAACCAAAACAGUGCCAUGUGGAAAUGAACUGCACAAAUUUCUGAUCUGGGAUACAGCCGGACAGGAAAGGUUCCACUCAUUAGCUCCUAUGUACUACAGAGGAUCGGCUGCUGCUGUCAUCGUCUAUGACAUUACUAAACUGGACUCUUUCCAGACACUGAAGAAGUGGGUGAAGGAGCUGAAGGAACACGGUCCGGAGGACAUUGUUGUAGCCAUAGCAGGGAACAAGAAUGAUUUAGGAGACAUCAGGGAAGUUCCUAUGAAGGAAGCUAAAGAGUUUGCUGAAUCAAUUGCAGCUAUUUUCAUCGAGACUAGUGCCAGAAAUGCUGUCAAUGUUGAGGAACUCUUUCAGAAAAUCAGUAAACAGAUUCCACCCCUGGAAAACCCUGAGGUGGACAGCAACGACUCCUUUAAACUCACCAGACAGCCGGCUCCGUCCGCCAGGAGGUGCUGCUAGUACCAGCAGUGGCUGAUGAGAUUACUUCAUCCACACACCGCGGGACCACACCAGCACACAGCACAGUCCACAAUGCACACAGUGUCUCACUCCAGGGAAACACGACGACAGUGGACGGAGGGUCAGCUUUGCACGUGUGGUCAACUGCAACAUGAGACAGAGCAACGUACCAACAGUAUCAUACGUGUGUGUCAUUGCACAUUUAUUUCAUUUAGUUGUAGCAGUUUCUGAGGAGGUCAGGAAAGCCUUCAGUUUGUCCCCUUCAGGUGGUGUUUUACCUGAACUGCAUUAAGAUUUCUGUCUGUGUUGCAUGCAUAGGUCAUUGCAAAGAGGCAGUUUUUUUUUUUUAUCCCAUUUCACAACAACUUUUAAACUUCAGAACAAAUUAAUAACAAGUCAUCUAGCUGAUGUGCUUUUUAAAGCCGGGUGUUUGCUGUAGAUGCAACUACAUUUUCAUUUCAAGAGUCAGCUGCUCUGUAGAUUUUCGUCACACUGUGGCUCUCAAAUCGCACACGUUAAAAUGAACGUUUGUUUUUUUUAAAUAUUCAUUUUUAUCAAGGCUACACUUUUCUUCCAUGGAGCUUUUAUGUACGUGUAUGUAUCACUCUUGUAUAGAAUCGAGUUAGAGUAUUUGAAUGUGAGGUUGUGGAGAUCAAACCUCAGACGAGCGUUCACUUCUGUAGCUUAUAUGCGGCGGCUUUACAUUCCACCUCGUCAUGUGUUCUCACACAUUUGUUGCAUAAGGGUUAACUGUAAUGCUGCAGAAGGAACAGCUUAGAGGCCUAAAUCGUAAUUACAGUAUGACACCCCCUGUUGAAACACUGUGACCGAUACGAGAAUUGUUUACAUAGCGGUUUGUUAAAGAUGUUUUCUACAUGCUGAAAUGUAUUGUCUGAGAUUUCACUACAGGGAAUGACUGACUGCCAAACAUGAGUUUUCCAUGAAACUGGGUUACAUUUAUACUCUCUAGAGGGAAAAAGACCUGCAUGUAUUUUACUCUUAACAUGUCUAAAGCUGUUAAACAAACAAGCAAACAGUGAGAAUAGUCUUUAGCCCAGUUUAAGAUUAACAGUAUCAUCUGCUGUUUCUUUGGCAGUAGUGUCCUUAGUUUGGAUCACUUGAGAAAUGAACUUGAGAAAAAAACUAUUAAUGUGGAGUAACUUUUUGUAAGUGGUUAAUUGAUUUAUUGAUCAAACAUUAAAAUGGACAUGAACGUUGACUUACAUAACAGUAAUUACACAAUAGAGUACAUUUUCAUAGCUUAAAAAAGAGUUUGUACUUAAAUAAAGUUAGUACAAAUUCAAACAUAAUUUUAAAAUGGACCAUUUUUACCAACAUGUAUCAUGGGAUAAUGUAGUUUAAUUCGUCAUUUUUAUUGCAAUUAUUGUCUCAUUUUGUCAAUAUGUAGCAUUCUCUUUAACAGAAAGUCACACCAAACUCCUUUAAAAAAACAUCUGCCAAUUAAUGUGGCCUUACCUACUUGAAAAAAAGUUCCCAUACAUCCCAGAAAGUGACGUAACCUUUUCUGAGUUUCCAUGGGAAAAUGUGUAUCACAUAUAAUCACCAAAGUUAGUUUGCUUCAAGCAAAAUGUCAGACAUGUGACUACACUCUUCCACUAAACUGAAUUAGUAUCUGCUUGGCGGCCCAGAUGUCCAGAGUGUCAAUUUCACCAGCAGAUGGAUCAAAAUUUCAUAAAAUGUAGCUUCAUUUAAAAGCAGUUUGGUAUGAUUUAACCUGCUUACAAGAGACAAUUACAUAUUGAGCAAAGAAAUGUGAUUAAAGGUCACAUGUUGACAUUGUGAUGAGAUUUCUAAUAUGAGUAUUAUAUUUGUUGCCACAACAGUGCCUUUUUUAAAAAUGUUUUUCUGAACAAGUGUAUGACAUGGCAAAAAAAAUAAAUAAAUAAGCGUACUGCUAGAAUAAUGCAUGAAUUACUUGACUAAAUCAGUACAGGCUAAUUGUACGCAACUUUGAAACUGCCAAUUAUCUGCAGCCAUCCUUAUCCUGUAUGUCUAAGUCAUGCUUCCCUGUAUCCUCUGUAGGCCUGAUUAACUUUUGUAUAUUAAUCAGUGUAAUAAAGUAGUGAUUAUUCUAUA